GGAAAUUACAUCGGGGAACAAAUCAAUCAACUUUAAACUCGACUUCUCGCGAGAUUUCUGUUUUAUCUGAAACUGGUUGUAUAUUUAGUUGUUUGGAGAUGUCUGUGUUCUACAUGCCAAAAUGUCCGUCUUUCUCACCCUUUUCUGAAUCAUUGUAAGCAGACAGAUCUAUGUAUACAGCUAUCUGCCGCGUAAUGUAUUUAAAUUCCGAGUAAUGAAAGGGUUUAUGGAUAUACAUAAAAACUACUGGUAUAUUCUUUCAAAUAAUAAUAAAUACUGUUCUUUAUAUGCUGAAAAUAUACAUUAUUUCGUAUACAUUUUUUUCUACCGAGGAAUCAUUCUAAUUCGUAUUGGGCCAAUUUCCUUAGAUUGUCAAUUUUUCGAAAAGUUCGUUGUGAAGUUAUUUCGCAGAUGUACUUGUUUGUAUAUGAAUUUUGCAAUGAAUCCGGAAUAAUAUUUGUUGGCAUUUGUGGUCCGGUACAUGACAAAGCGAUACAUAGGGGACUACGAUAGGAACAAAGAGAUGCUCUAUAAUCAUAUAAUACCAUCGCCACGUGAUGACGUCACACUGGAAAUCAUCGACACGGCAGCCAAUGACAGCACAGAACACAAGGAGAACCACAUCAAAUGGGGCGACGGGUUCGUGUUCAUCUACUCCAUCACAGACAAGUCAAGUUAUGAGUACGCGUGCACUCUCAAAGACAUGCUGGUCAAACAAAGGGGUCAGGAGAUCCCAGCUGUAGUGAUUGCGAACAAAUGUGACCUGUUGUCUGUGAGGAAAGUCAGUGACAGUGAAGGGACUACUUUGGCGGAGCAACUGAACUGUCCGAAGUUCGACGUCUCAGUGGCGGAUGGAUAUAGCGGUGUUUCGGAAGCCAUGGAUGAACUCGUUAUUCAGUUGAAGCGGGAGUUUGUGAAACAUUGUUCUCAGGCAGCCGUGGUGGCUAAUGAUAAGACAAAAUCUAAGCUGUUUACUUUCAAGAAAGGGUUCAAGAAAAGAAUAAGUCGAAGCCAUAGCGACACCGUCUGAAUUGAUGCAUGCAUAUUCACUUUGGAUCAUUUUAAAAGUGUAAAUUCAGAUUGUGCCAGCAUUCACUGUUACUAGAUUGGAACUCCCGACUGUUUGUAUUUUUCGGAGUUCACUUAAUCCACGGUAUUGCGUGAACAUAUACAUGUGCUAUACCUACACACAAUGAAAUAUGCACAUCAUUCUGCCGAAAAGGUUCAUUUCACUGUUUCAGCAGCUAUUUAAUAUCAUAUACUAGAGUUGUUUGCCUGAAAACAUAUUAUAUUUAUGCUACAUGUACAAUCUAUAUUUAAUAAAUUUCCAGAAGCGGAUAACGCGCGCUGAGGUUUGCUUGUAUGAAACAGAAUCGGUGGAAACAUUAUAGUCUUUGAAAACGUCAUUGCAAAAGUGUGAUAGCAAGAUAUUGCAUACUUAUGCAUGUACAUAAUUUUUAUUAAAAUAAAUCAUUAUCUUUC